UGGCUCUCCUCGCGGCAGGCGCGGGUGUCGCCAUAGCGGCGACGGAGCCUCCUCAGCCCCAGCGGCGCGGGUGGGAUCGGAUCGGAUCGGAUCGAAUCGGAUCGGUCUGGCCCUCCCGGAGCGCCUCCCGAAGCACCCCGGCCCCGUCCGGACCCGCAGGCGGGGCGGCCGCCGCUCCGUGAGAAGGCGCCGCGCGGGCCUUGGCCUGUCCGGACGGCCACCUCUGCGCGUCGGCCAUGGCCAUGUACAAACCGGUGGUGGUUCAGCAGUUCCCCAAGCUUGGGGAGCGGAUCACGCAGGAUACGGUCUACUGGCGGGGCUACAAGACACCUGUCCAAAUAAAGGAAUUCGGUGCCAUAAAUAAGAUCGACUUCUCCCCGGUUGCUCCGUAUAACUAUGCGGUCACAGCCUCCUCGAGGGUAAGUGGCUUUGCCGAGGGUUUUCAGCUCUUGUCCGUCAGUUUGUGUCACCUGAGCGAGCCUCAUCUCUCCUUCUUCUGCCAGAUCCACAUUUAUGGUCGGUACUCCCAGGAGCCAAUCAAAACCUUUUCGCGGUUCAGAGAUGCGGCCUACUGUGCCACGUACAGAGACGAUGGCAAUCUGCUGGUUGCUGGCAGUGAGGAAGGCAGCAUUCGCCUCUUUGACAUCAGUGGAAAAGCACCCCUGAGGCAGUUUGAUGGUCAUACCAAGAAAGCUGUUCACGUAGCGGGCUUCCUGUCGGAUAAAUACCGAAUAUUUUCUGGUGGUGAUGAUUACUCAUCAAAUCUGUGGGAUAUUCCGAAGGGUACAGAAAUUAUCUCAUUCAGUGAGCAUACUGACUACGUCAGAUGUGGCUGUGCAAGUAAAGUGAAUGCAGAUGUCUUUAUAACAGGUUCCUAUGAUCACACUGUGAAACUAUUUGAUGCACGAACAAAAAGUAGUAUCAUGACAAUAGACCAUGGCCAGCCUGUGGAGAGUGUGCUUCUGUUCCCUUCUGGUGGGCUUCUGGUAUCUGCAGGAGGUCGAUACGUCAAAGUUUGGGAUGUACUGAAAGGUGGACAACUAUUAGUUUCACUUAAAAAUCACCAUAAAACUGUAACGUGUUUGUGCCUGAACAGCUCUGGACAAAGAUUAUUAUCAGGAUCCUUGGACAGGCAUGUGAAGAUUUACAGUACUACUUCCUACAAAGUAGUCCACAGCUUUAACUAUGCCACAUCCAUCCUCAGUCUUGCGCUGUCGCCUGAAGAUGAAACCAUAGUCGUAGGCAUGACCAAUGGGGUACUUAAUGUUAAACACAGGAAACCUGAAGAAAGGAAAGAAAAGUCUCAACAGAAGAGACAACCAGCAUAUAGAACUUAUAUGAAAGGAAGAACUUACAUGCCAAAACAGGAAGAUUUCUGUGUUAGUAAACCUGCAAAACGUGUUUUGAGGAAAUAUGACAAGCUGCUGAAGAGCUUCCAGUCUUCCAAGGCCCUGGAUGCCGUGCUGGAGCCACCCAUCAGGCUUCACACUCCUGAGGUUACGGUUGCAGUCAUGCAGGAGCUGCAUCGCAGAGGAACGCUGAGGAGUGCACUUGCAGGCCGAGAUGAGAAGCAAAUAAAUCUCCUUCUUACCUUUGUAGCAAGACGUGUGAUUGAGCCUAGAUUUACUCCUGUUCUGGUGACUGUUGCAGAUAUGAUCACUGACAUUUAUCAUCCUGUGGUUGGGCAGUCAGCAAUUGUUGACAGACAAUUCUUGAAACUUCAGGAAGCCAUAGGAAAAGAAAUUGACUAUCAAGAGGAACUACUAGAAGUUUUGGGAAUGAUGGAUACGCUGUUUGCUUCUUUUACUAAAAAAAGAGAUACUUAUCUAGAAGACAACCAAAAUAAUGGUCUUAAAAAGAUGAUUGAAACAAAUGUGAAUAACUGACUUCUGCCAUAACAAAUUUGCGCACAACAGACAUAAUGUGGACUUGAAGUACAUGACCUGUUCUGGUAACUUUUUAUUAUAGAGCCUUUCAAAAUAAUCCCCUGUAUGUUGAAGUUCUGUGUCCCAAACUGUGUUUUUUUAAUAGGCUGAAGUACUAAAGGGGGAGAUGGGAAGACAUUGUCACGAUUUUCCAUGAAAUAUUUUUCAAACAAUCAAAUUUUAAAGUUUUAUUCCAAAGUUCUGUAACUUCGAAGGAGUGCUUUGUGCAUUCAGUUCAAAGUUAUUGAUCUAGAGAAACAGUGAAAAAUUUUCAGUUUCUAUUUAAAAUAAAAUAGUUGAAUUUUGUAUAAUUCUAAUGUUUCAUUGUCCUUAUUUAAGGUUAAUAAUCUGUCUCACAUACCUGGAAAUACGAAUAAAACAGGUAUUCAUUU